CUCUGCCUUGAUGUUCCUCAAAUUUCUCAUCAUCUGAACAAAACGAAAAAACUCCAGCAAAUCCCUUCCACAAAAACGAGGACCAAGAGAAAAGACUGGCCGAUGUACAGGCUGGAAAAAACUUCCAAACCGAGACUAAAACAAAUCAAAGAAACCGCUCACAAAGGAACGUACACCCCCUCGGCAAAGAAUACUGAAAGAAAACUGAAAGAAUAGGAAAACCAGAAAGUGGAGCAAAAUUGUUCACCCCCUGAGAGAGGCCGACGAAGCGUAGUCCCCUCAGAGAUUACCCUCCUUCCGCCUGCGUACACGGCGAAUUCUGUCGAAGUGCCGACGCAGCCAUUGUUAAGCUCUCGCUAUAGUUUUAUUAUCAUCACUACCCACUCUAACACUUAAUCCAAACAUAGUGUUUGGUUUUUGUGGUAAAUGGAAACCCUGUAAGCUCACUACAGUUCAAUACAUUGGCUAUGGAGAAUGAUUUUAUUCGGUCUGCUUCAUUGAGAGCUAGCCGAAGACCCGACCGUAGUAACCACCAAUCAAAAGGUUAAUAGAUUACGGAUCAGAUGGGGAGGACCAGUUCCUUCUAAGUGGAAAGGCGUAUCAAGAUUACCAGAUGAAGAUAUUGUGGAAGAAGGGCUUUAUUCGACUGCUACUUGUGGCAGGGAUUAUUUGGAUGUUUCUCAUCUGCAUUGUAUUGCUGUUUCAUCUCUGGACUUGCCAAUCUUCUGCAUCUUUCUUUUUAGCUCUUUGUAACAGAGACAGCAAGUUUUUUGGGAUGUUGAACACAAUGGGACUUGUGACACCCCCACACCGUUGUCCAAUUCCGGUGGCAGAUGACCCCAAUAAAGUAGUCAUUCCAAAACUGAGAUCUACAGAAAGGUUUGUUCAGAGCCUUUCGUAUGUUGUAGAAAAUGUUACUGUACAUAGCGGAUCCCGUCCACUUCCUCUAUUUGGAGGAAACCAAACUUGGAAGCAAAGAGACCAGAGUUUUAUUGUGAAGCCAAAAAUGAAAGUGCAUUGUGGUUUCAUGCCAAAUGGUGGUGCCGAAAUGGCUAAGAAAGAUGUAGAAUAUGUAAAGAAGUGCCGCUUUGUGGUUGCCUCUGGCAUUUUUGACGGAUAUGACACACCUCACCAACCAUCCAACAUAAGUGAACGCUCUCAAAAGCUUUUUUGCUUUCUUAUGACAGUGGAUGAAGUGUCUCUUGACUUUAUCAAGAAAAAUGCCACAGUCAGGGAGGAUAAUGGUGGUGGGCUGUGGGUGGGCAUAUGGCGUUUGGUUCUACUAAAAAACCAACCUUAUGAUGAGCCUAGGAGAAAUGGCAAAGUUCCUAAGAUAUUAACCCACCGGCUAUUCCCUCAAGCACAAUACAGCAUUUGGAUUGAUGGUAAAAUGGAGCUAAUUAUUGAUCCCUUGCUUAUACUUGAAAGAUACUUAUGGCGUGGCAAGCAUACAUUUGCCAUUGCUCAGCACAAACAUCAUCGUAGUAUAUAUGAGGAAGCCGACUCAAACAAACGGAGAAAGCGUUAUGCUCGACCACUCAUUGAUCUUCACAUCAAAAUAUACCGUUAUGAAGGAAUGGAACCAUGGAGCCCAAAGAAAGGCACAGCCAGUGAUGUUCCCGAAGGGGCAAUAAUUAUACGAGAGCACACUGCAUUGAAUAACUUGUUUAGUUGCUUAUGGUUCAAUGAGGUUAACCUAUUCACGCCAAGAGAUCAGCUAAGCUUCGGUUAUGUUGUGUACAGGCUGAGGGGAAUGUUCAAAGCAUUCAUGUUCCCAAACUGUGAAUACAACUCCAUCUUUAUUUUACACCCUCAUACCCGUGAGCAUUCAUCUAAAGUUGAAUGGGUGAAAUCUUUGGAUGAGUUUAAAGCGGGUGAUACUAGUUUGAAAGAGAGUAGGGGAGGGUUUGGCUUGUGGACCCCUUACCCAGGGAAUCUCAAAACAGUUGUAUUGCCACCUGUAAUCCGAAAAUCAAAAGCUGGAUGAUUAGAUAGUGAUUUGAUAACUAUCUCCUGUCUUGUAAUUUUUUGAAAAUCAGUCCUGGUUUCAUAGUUUUUUGCUGUAAGAAAAAGGUUGUGAUUUUUUGCUAUAAAUGCAUAAUUAUGCUGUUCACAAAUUCUUGUAAGAGAAUGUCAUUAUCUUUAUUUUAUUUUUGGGUACUAAAGAUUGUAUGCUGCGUAUUACGGUAUUACCAUUACCCACUCAUU